GGUUGAGAUAUUCUUUAAAACGUAUAUGCAUAAUAUAAUAACGUUUAUUUCCAAAUUAGAAACAUGUUCAAAUGUGCCGUAGCUUCUUAGGUAAUUGGGUGCAAUAAUGUUUAGACAAAUCAAUUCCACGCAGGCAGAAGAUGGACAGACGUUGUAGUCCAUUGUAUGUCGACUGCAGUGGUUUAGUCCGGUCUAGUCGCGUGGGAAGUUUGGUAGUUACACAUUGGGCGUUUUAUUGUCCAACUUAAACAACCUCUGUCAAAUGUUUCCCCGAUAAAUACAGAAUUUCAGCAGCAUGUGGACAUUUUGGUUACAUUAUUAUAAUUUUUUUUUUUUAAAUCUUAUGGUUAAACUGAAUAACAUUGCCAACAUUUCGAACUCAAAGCUGCGAAACACAACGGGUUUGACACUAAGCAAUAACAGUGAUCCAUUAUCAUGCCCAGCGAUAGUGCCCGUUAUCUAAUCUUCUUCCAAUACCUCGGUACAAGGUACAGCGGCGUUAUGAAGGCACCUCCGCACCAGGCAGUCAAAGGUGUCCAGAACUACUUAGAGGAAGCUGUGCGGAGGUUAAGGCCUGCUAAUGCCAUCUCUCUCCAUGUCUCCAGUCGAACAGACACUGGCGUCCACGCCAUCUGUAACUCCGCCCACUUUGACCUCCAGCGCCAGAAUGGCAAGCCACCAUUGGCAGAGGAGGUCCUGGUGGACGCCCUUAACUUCCACCUACGGCCGGAGUCAAUCAGAGUUACCCACGCCCACCGUGUGCAUGGUGCGUUCCACGCCCGUUUCCAGGCCGUUUCGCGGACCUAUGUCUACCGGCUAGCCAUGGGCAUACGCCAUCACUCCUGCAUGCCACUGACGGAGGACAAGCUGUGCUGGGGAAUACGCAGCGUUGAUCUUGAUAUUGGUGCAAUGCGUGAUGCCGCCGCCCUGCUGGUCGGAACUCAUAACUUCAGCUCCUUCAGAGCCCUGAACUCAGAAACGCCAUACAAAGACCCAGUGAAGACACUGGACCGAGCUAGCCUGGAACCCGGAGACGCCUUUGUACGCAGACACUUUCACAGGGGAAUUCAGUUCUGGGAGCUCACCUUCAGAAGCAGAUCCUUCCUCUACAAACAGGUCCGGCGGAUGACAGGGGCUCUGGUGGCCGUUGGCCAGGGAAAGAUGUCUGUGUAUGGGGUUAAGGAGCUACUAGAGGCCCAGGACUCUCUGGCCUACCCACAGAACCUGACAGCACCCCCAGACGGACUCUUUCUUGCCAGGGUGGAUUACGACCCCCUAGAUCUGCCUCCCCACACUCAGGAUGACUCCUACAGCUAACAGUUACCAGACGUCCUGGCGUUGAGUCUUUGUUGGGCGCGUAACUGCGCACAUGCAUUGUACACCCCUGUAUAUACUCCAGUGGUAACAGUUAAGAAUGUAUGGGUAGCUCACACCACAGCUAGGUUGAAAUGUCGCCGAAGGAUCUGUCCAAUCCGUACCUCUUAUUGUUUCAUAUAAUAUAUAUGUAUAUGUUGUUUUACUACAAAAUAAUAGCUACGUUGUUAAAUUUUUGUAAAAUGUUGUCUGUGCCUUUCUUUAUGGACGAACGCACAAACACAAUGGCAGAUGUUAUGACUUUAGGCAGCUCGUUUGAGUGUUUUCUUUGGCUGUUUUGACUAAAUGUGGCCUUGUUUUAUAGUGUAGUCUUACAUCAAUUCAAACUGUACAUUAAUAAGUGCAUCCCUACAAUUUACAUGUAGGGGGAACUUUUAGCAUUUCUGCACCAGAAUGUGAACCUUGUUCUUCAUCAGUGUGUAAUUAAAUACCAAUAUGAUAUUAAUUGAUAGCUCAUAAAAACAAAAACUAAUUAACUAAUUAACCUUUUUAAUUUAACAGAUGAACUAGGAGCUUCUGGUAAAACAGAGGUUAAAAUAAAAAACAUUUUGAGAAUGUAAACGUUCACUCUAUUAGUAAUUUAAAAUUGGCUGCCAAUUAGGUUUUUGUGUUCUCAGGAGACUAUAGACAGCUCAGUCUGGUGAGCUGUACAGUAAGAUAGAUGAAGAUGGUGCAUUAGUCAAUGAUUUCAAAACAUUCAACUUUCUAAUGAGUCAAUAAUAACAUCUCGGCUGUCACUCAGUCCCCACCUUUAGGUGUCUACUGAAGAUUUACACUCCACCCCUUGCUGUGUAUACCAGACAGACUCAUCUCCACUGUCUUACUGUUGUUCUCUGUUCUCUGAGGGAAAUACUCAGCCCCCUUUCAGGAGGAUUGUGAUUGGUUGGUGUCCCUUAGGUCAGAUACCUGGCAAAGUGGGUGGAGUAACUUCCUGCCCGGUGGGCCCUGUCUGGGUUUACCUUCGUACAGGGCCACAGUGUGUGCGCCCCAACGCUGUUGUUGUUUCCUCUUUGGAGUUUCAGGCUGGGUGUCUAAAUAAGCACUUUGACACCUGCUGAUGUAAAAAGCUGAUAAAGUCGAUUGAUUGGUUGAAAUAGUUUCUGUCAAUGGAGAGAGGAAGGUGCCUGUGUAAAGGGCUUUCCUUUUGACAUUGUAGACAAAUACACGUGUUCUCUUCAGUCUGUGGUUACAGGAAGCUGAGGUAUGAGUGAGAGUAGCCAGCAGCUCCACUUCUGGACACUUUUGCCUCUUUUACCAUUCAUUUAUUUCAAUUUGACCCCCUGAUAUGUGUGAUUAGAGACGAAAGAGUGCUCUUUGAUCAUAGGUAUUGCACUUAGUUUUUUAAAUAUUUGUCUGUGAACCCUUAUUAUAAUUCUACAGUGGUUUGGGAAAGUUCAGAUAAUUUAAAUAUUCACUGUUAUAACUACUAAAACUGUACAAUGAAAAACAACAUGAGGAAUUAAUGAAAUUCAUUCAUAUUUUUACAUACAGAUCAGGA